CUUGGAUGGACGCCCACCCCACAACAAAGACUUUGAGAAGAUACGAGAGAAGGUGGUUGUCUUAAGUCUUGUCUGCGUAUUAUAUAUAAUAAAUAUAUCUUCCAAAUCUCAAGACAAAAUCAAGGAUUAGACGAACGAGCAUGCUCUGUUGGCGCUGUAAUACUAAGAAAUCAAAGAAGACUGAGAAAGGAGUGGAGGAGGACGAGGUGGUGAUUUCCCCCCAAAUUAUGAAUAAUAAUGGGGGUACAACAACGAUAUCAGCAUCUGAACAAGCUGAACUCUGUAAAAAAGAUGGGAAUUUCAAAUUCAGUAAAGAACGUUUUGCUGCUGCUAUUGAAGCUUAUACUGAGGCGAUUACCCUUUGCCCUGAUGUUCCUGUAUAUUGGACCAAUCGUGCACUUUGCCAUCGGAAACGAGAAGAAUGGGGAAGAGCAGAAGAGGAUUGUAGAAAAGCUCUUGAGCUAGACAGUAAUUCAACAAAGGUCCGUUGGUCGAUCUCUUCAAUUUCCGCUUCUGUUUUAUUAGGUCUUGCAUUACUGCAAAGGGAAGAAUAUGCUGAAGGAGUCCAACAACUUGAGAAGGCAUUGGAUCUUGGAAGAUGUGCAAACCCUACUGGUUAUAUGGUGGAAGAGAUCUGGCAAGAGCUUGCAAAGGCAAAAUACCUAGAGUGGGAGCAUGCAUCCAGCCAACGAUCGUGGAGGCAGCAAAACUUAAAAGAAAAAUGCGAGAAUGCUCUUGAAGAACAGUAUCUUCUUGAUGCUUCUCAAGGUGAUGUUAUCACAGAAGAAGCUCAAAACACCCACUCAGAAAAUCUGCAUCUUUUAGAUCAAGUAUUCAAGAAAGCUGCAGAGGACGACACUCCCUUUGAGGUUCCGGAUUACCUGUGCUGUCAGAUUACACUUGACAUCUUUUGUGAUCCUGUCAUCACUCCAAGUGGGGUUACAUACGAGAGGAAAGUACUGCUUGACCAUCUCCAAAAGGUGGGGAAGUUUGAUCCAAUUACCAGGGAGAAACUUGACCAGCGCCAGCUGAUUCCGAACCUAGCUAUCAAGGAGGCUGUUCGAGUGUUUCUAAAGAAGCAUGGUUGGGCUUACAAGUUGGAUUAAAAUGCCCUUCACGUCCUUAAAUUGUUCUCAUAAUGUUCUUAGUUUUUUAAAUUUUGGUAGAUAUACAACCCAGUAUACUGACCCUUUUCAAAGUUAAAUGCCCUUGAUCUAUCUGUACAGAUUCUUGUUCAUCAUGUCUUUCACUCUACUGAAUAUACCAUGUACAGUUUGAAUUCA